GUUGGCGGGCGCCGGUGAAGGGGAGGCGCUGCUCGGCGCGGGGGGAGAGGCGUCCCCAGCGGCCGCCCCGCCGGCAUGGGGGGCAACGAGAGCAGCCAUGGCGGCAGGAAGGUGUCCUUCGGGCUGGACGAGCGGGAGCAAGUCCGGGUGCUGCAGGGCAUCAGGCUCACUGAAGAUGUAGUGAAUCGGAUGAAGGAAUCUCAAAGUAAAAGGGACAACCAGAGGUCACCCCACUUAUCCAGUGGUACAGCUCCAUUUUCAACAGCUGCAGAAGGGAAAACCAAAUCUCCUACAGGAAUCCAGCCACCAACAGCAAGUAACUCUGGUCAGAAAGCCACAGUUGCAGAGCAGGAAUUGUACAGGAGGUAUGAGCAGGAGCAGGCCCUGGUUCAAGAGGAGCUGCUCCGGCUGGCCAAAAGAGAAAGGGAAGCAGCUGGUGAGAUGCUGAGUACGGCCCUUCAGCGGGAAAGGAACAGCACCAAUGAAGAGAGGAAGAGAGCAGCUCAGCUGGCUGUGGAGCUGCAAGGCAGGGAAGCAGAGCUGAAGCAACAAGAGGCCUUCUAUAAAGAGCAGUUGGCACGUAUUGAGAGGAAGAAUGCAGAAAUCUACAAGCUGACGUCGGAGCAGUACCAGGAGGCAGCCACCAAGGCAGAGGAAUGGAUAAAGAGGAGGAACACUGAUCCUGUCUGUGCGAGUCUGCAGUCUGAAAUUCUGAAGUGCUAUCAAGAAAACCAACGUGAAGUGCUCAAAUGCUCGGAGCUGGCUAAGGAGUAUCAGCGCUGUGUUAGUGCGGCUCAGAAGGAGCUUUUAGUUAACUCUGGAUAAACAUCAGCCACCAAUGAGCAGAGGACAAGGGACCACAGUUGCCCCCUGGAAAGCCCAGCAUCCUUCUGGAUAGACGCUGACCAAAACUGGUGCCUUCUGCCCUUCAUGGUCCAAGACAACAAUAUGAUUCCUCUUUUAAUGGCCUGCGUGUAUUGGUCUAUGUGGAUGCUUCUGGAGCCAGGCAGAGGAUCGUAGGAGAGGGGAACACUGUUGCUUCAUUUUUGUAUUGUAAUAGAAUGUAAAGAAUGGUCUUGACUCCAGCACGUCAUGUUGCUUGGAGGCAUGCUCCACGCAGGCCUGGUUCACCCUGUGCUAGCUUUGGUUUCACCAACCCCUGUCUCAGUUUCAAGAGUUGUUAUUUUUGUCCAUUUGCUCCUGGAUUAAGGGACUGAAGUACUUAGAAAUAACCCUGGCUAGCUUGUUGGGAUUAGCUGUUCCUAGCAUGCUCUGAUUGGCUACACCAGCAGGCAUGUUCCUUCCCUUCUGAGGUUCUCUCCUAAGUAAUAAAGUGUUUAAUGGUCA